AGGAGUUUACUUUUGGCUUUACAAGAAACCAGGGGAGACGUCAGGGACUUGUCCCUGGCCAAAGGCGGCGUAAACCGCAUUGAGUGGGCAGAAAGAGAAAUGAGAGUGCUCCGCAUUAUCAAGGAGCGGUUCGCGCAGGAAAAGCCUUUGCAAGGGCUGCGCAUGGCGGCGUGCCUCCACGUUACGUCCGAGACAGCCAACCUGGCCAUAACCCUUAAAGAGGGUGGGGCCGACGUGGUUCUCUGCGCCAGCAAUCCGCUGAGCACGCAGGAUGAUGUGGCCGCAGCACUGGUCGGCGAAUAUGGCAUCCCCACCUUUUCCAUCAAGGGAGAGGACAACAACACCUACUACCAGCAUUUGAGUGCUGUCCUGGAUCACAGACCGCAAUACACCAUGGACGACGGGGCGGACCUGGUCAGCAUGUUGCACCGGGACCGUUCAGACUUGCUGUCAAACGUGGUCGGAGGCACCGAGGAAACCACUACAGGAGUAAUUCGCCUCAACGCAAUGGCCGCGGACAACGCGCUUAAGUACCCAAUAAUUGCCGUAAACGAAGCGGAAACCAAGCAUUUCUUUGACAAUCGAUAUGGCACCGGGCAGAGCACCCUGGACGGCAUCACCCGGGCCACCAACAUUCUGUGGGCCGGUCGCCGUGUCGUAGUCGGCGGUUAUGGCUGGUGCGGACGCGGCGUUGCUUCGCGCGCCCGUGGCAUGGGCGCCCACGUAAUCGUAACAGAGGUAAACGCGGUCAGGGCACUGGAAGCGGUGAUGGACGGUUUCACCGUGAUGACCGGUCUGGAAGCUGCCAAAGUUGGCGAAGUGUUCAUUACCGUCACCGGCGGACUGCACACUAUCAGCGGCGAUCAUAUGGCAGUGAUGUCCGACGGCGCGAUCAUUGCAAACAGUGGUCACUUCAACGUCGAAAUUGACAUCCCCGCACUGGAGGCGAUGGCAGUCAGCCACCGGGAGGUGAAGCCCUACGUCGAAGAAUACACCACAACUGAUGGGCGCCGGCUUUAUUUGCUGGGCGAGGGGCGCCUGAUCAAUUUGGCUGCCGCUGAGGGUCAUCCAUCUGCGGUUAUGGACAUGAGCUUUGCGAACCAGGCCCUGAGUGUGGAAUACCUGGUCAAGAACCACGGAAAUAUGGACCCAGGUGUCUAUGUUGUUCCUGUUGACACUGACCAGGAGGUUGGCCGCCUCAAGCUGGCGUCCAUGGGCAUUGCAAUAGAUUCCUUGACGGCAAAUCAACAGCGGUAUCAAGAAAGUUGGGAAGAAGGGACCUAA